AUGCGUCUCAGACAACAACAAUAUGACACUUCAAAGGUUCAGGUUGCUCAUCUACGUGAAGAUUAUGAGGUCAGUCAGCUCCAACGUGGCAAGAGUAGACGCUGUCUUCAGUUUGAAGAAGCGCAGCAGAAAACUACAACGGAUGACACCUAUUCUUCAAAUCCAGCUAUGAAAUUAAUUGGUUCUGUAUCACCUGCGUCCAGUGCAGAAUGGGAGAUUUUGGAUUCAUCUCAGAUGGAGCUAAGUAUCUCUUAUGACCAGAAGCAAAAGAAGAACAUAUCCAACACCGACGGUGAUGGUUGCUAA